AUGGACGUCUUCUGGAACGCGCCACCGGUGUCAAGAACCUAUGCAGCAGCCGCCUUCGUAGUGUCGGUCCUUGGAUAUACCGGCUUCAUACCUCUUAUGCCCUUGGUGUUCGUCAAGCCACUGGUUUUCAAGCUUCCUCCUCAGAUAUGGCGCGUUGCAACGGCCUUCCUGAUCACCGGCGACAAGUUCGGCAUCAUAUUCGAUCCAUACAUGCUGUACACGUACGGUAGUCAGCUAGAGGUCGGAUCCUCCAGGUUCUCAAGACCUGGUGACUUCUUCACAUACCUCGUGUUCCUCUGUACGGUCAUCGCGGCCACAGCCGGGUUCUACUUGGAUGCCUGGCGCUUCAUAGACGCCGUCACCCUGGCAUUCGCGUACACCUUCGCGCAAGACAACCCUCGCAAGAAAGUCUCAAUCUUUAUCCUGACGUUUGAGGCGCGAUGGCUGCCAUACGCGCUGCUCACUUUCACCUUCGUCAUGGCCGGCCCGUACCAAGCAAUGAUCCAGGCGACUGGACUGCUUGCUGCGCAUCUCUACGACUUUCUCACCCGCAUCUGGCCCGAGUUCGGAGGCGGCAGGAAUGUCGUUGUCACCCCGAGGUUUGUGGGAAGAUGGUUUGGCGCAGACACUGCAGGACGUCCCAUCACCCGAGGGUAUGGCACAGCCUUCACGCCACAAACUGCUGAGACGAGACCGCAUGAGGCCGGGUGGUCCUCUGGAUGGGAAAUCCCUGGAACCAGUUGGGGCAACAGGGGACCGGGACGCCGUCUUGGAGGCGAGUGA